CAGCCAGUGUACAGAGAAACAGCCAGAGUGGGAGGAAGAGAAGGGGAAAGUGCAAGAUCCAACUACAAACGUGAUCCAAGAGGCCAACACUGCAGCCUGGUUUCAGGAUCAAUCAGCCCACACCAUCAGGAUGGGCUGUACAACGGGCCACCUGGCAUGCCAACCUCAGCCACAGACCAGCUCGGGGCAGGAGGGUCAGGCGCUAGAGACUGGUGGUGCCAAAGUCCCUGAGGUGCUCUCCUCUCUGGAGCGUCUGUCCCAGGCCACUGGAGGCAUGGAGAAGUCCUGGUACCGCUGCAUAUUUCCCUUUGGAAUCAUCUCUUUGGUGAUCGGUGUAGCAGGAACGGGGGUGACCUACACCUAUAAUGACCUGCCUCAGACUAAAGUGGUGUCAGUGGUGCUACUUAUCAUGGGUCUUUUGUUGUUGCUGAUGGCCACCGCCUGUUGGACUGUCCAUAAGAAGAAGAGAAGGAAAAAGAAAGAGGGAGGCUCAUUUACCUCUGAGCAGUUUCCCCUGUGAAGCACAUGGGGAAAACAGUUAUAGGAACCGCCACUUCACCUCCACCCUGUGCCAAAUCCCCUCUAUUCUUUAUCACAAAGUUUGGCUCGGCUCAAACUGGAGAGAACUUGGGCCGAGAAAUCAGAGAGUGGAAGGACAGAUAGGACGCUGAGGAUCUGUUUAGUCUGUAAGGUUUGGACCAUUUGGAUUGGCAAGGAGGAAUAACCGAUGCUAAACACGCUAUUUUAUCGUCAGACAGCAGGUGUCCAGUGUCAAAACAACCUCAGAGGAGACACACACACAAAUAUGCUUUGCACACUGCAUGCAUAUUUACAAGCCCGGAUACAGGGCCCUUGCAGUACUCACUCACUAGCAGUCACAGUGGGAGCUUGCACAAACACCCAACAUGCUAUGCAGAGCUGCAGCUGGAGUCAAUGCUGGCGUCACCAGGCACGUCAGUCACAGCAUUCCUCUUGCCAAGACAGGUGACUCUCCAAGAGGGCAGAAUUGGGCCAAAGACGGCAACCUGAUACCCAGCCGAAAGAGCAGCGCACCCGCGUCAGUGGCCAGCGUCAUUCACUCGUCCUGUGACACCGCAGCAAUGUGUUGGGGGCUUUUUUUACGCAAUGGGAGAGUGGAACUUGAGUCCAGCAGGAUCUUACUGGCAUCUGUGUGGACGAUGAGCUGGAGAGGGCAGAGGACCUACUGGGGGAGGAAGAUGUGUGUCUGUGUUAAAAUAAAGAUUCUGGUGAACUGAAUGACUGUUGGAUCUCGAACUUCUCAACUAUGGAAACAAAGAUUUGCACAUAUGGCGAUGUCCAUGCCAAGCAGGAGAAACUUUUAUUGAAGUAACAUUCUCUUAAAGGCCUUUUGUAGCUUCAGCUCCAGAUCACAAAGGAGUGGGUUGCUGACUUUCUGACUGACUGAAUGCCCUGUGUGAGCAUUCAGCCCAGCCGUGUGUCUAUGUGGGGCACCCCAACUCCACACAGGGCAGGCCAGGAUUAUUGAAGGACACUGCCCGAGGGGACAUGCCACUGCAGGGACACUUUGACUGAUCCUGCUCCCCUGUGGCCCCACCCGCGUGGUGCCUUGAGCAAACACUCAUGGAAAAAGGCUCUGUUGCAUUCCCCUGUUUCCAUCUGAACUCCUGUUUAUUUCCACCCUUGCUCUCUCUUUCGCUUUACCCCAACAGCACUCUCCUUAUCCAUCCCAUAUGCCUUCCCCCACCCUACAUCCUCAGUUUCUGACG